AACACGUGCUAAUGCUUCUCCUCCUCCUCCACAUCGCCGGGUUUUCCUCCUCUUCCUCCCCUGUGAAAACUGCAUUUAUAUCAAUUCUCCAGAUCCCCCAAACCCUAAAUUCUCUCUCUCUCCAAAUUUUCUCCGGGAAAUUUCUCAUUAGGUGAGGUUCAUAAUCGUCUUUUCUAAGAUCUCUCUUUCCGAUUUUACGAUUCGUCUCAUGGUGCGAUUUCUCCAGCAGUAAUUAAUGGCGAGAACCAAGCAUUUCGCUACCAGGACAGGAUCUGGGAAUCGAACUGCGGCAGGUCCGACGAAGACCCCGACAACAAGAGGCACUGAAGGUGGAGAUAAUACUCAACAAACAACUUCACCAGCUACUGGUGGAAGGAGAGGGCCUAGGAGAGCCAGACAGGCUAUGCCACGAGGUUCACAGAAGAAGCCUUACCGAUACAAGCCAGGAACAGUUGCUCUGAGAGAGAUUCGACAUUUCCAGAAGCAGACAAACCUUCUUAUUCCAGCUGCUAGCUUCAUAAGACAAGUGAGAAGUAUAACUCAUGCGUUGGCCCCUCCCCAAAUCAAUCGUUGGACAGCUGAAGCUCUUGUGGCUCUUCAAGAGGCGGCAGAAGAUUACUUGGUUGGUUUGUUCUCCGAUUCAAUGCUCUGUGCUAUCCAUGCAAGACGUGUUACGCUAAUGAGAAAAGACUUUGAGCUUGCACGCCGGCUUGGAGGAAAAGGCAGACCAUGGUGAUAGAAACUCACUCCCUAUUCACAUCUCUUACAUUGUAAGUGAGGAUCGAAUAGUUAACAACAAGUGUGUCGUAGGUUGUAUAAGUUUUAUUUAUUCUAUCCUCAUGACUUGUUGAUGCUUGUCCUUUUUUCUUUAACUUCAUGAUCUGACCAAAAGCUUCUUUUAAAACAUAACUGGAAAGCGGAAUUUGGUUGAUUACAGUAUCUAGGUUGGAAAAUUUCGUUCUCAAUGUGUGUUUCUUAUCUGCUUUUCGUUG